CAGUUAGCUGUCGAAAUCCUUGCAGUUGGGAGUCAACGUCUUUUGCUGUUCAGAUCAGAAAAAACAACUAAGUCGAAAGUCUUACCGCAUAUCGUAGCAUCGGCAAUUACUAAAUUGUUUCCUAAUAUCGAUAACGGUUACUUAGGUCGAAGCAAAUAAAUGCAAGUUAUAUUGUGUUAAUCUUCUAUCCGCGUAUGAAAAUGGCCAUUGUUUGCUUUACCUUCGUUAUAGGGAUAAAAAAUAGUUGUGGAUUUUCUUAAGAAAUCUUUUUAACUAAACACAUUUUCUUGCACAUUAAUGACUUGUGAGUUACAAUAGAAUAUUACGCUCGCUACGUAUUUUUUCCAAUACAUAACAUAUAUACUGAGCGAGCAGUUGCUAAUUUCCGUGUGUUCAUCUUCACUGGCCCCAUUGUUUCAAGCACCACCUUAGCGAAUUGUUUUUGGAACGCCCGCCGCAAUCUGCUUAAGGUGGCUGUUCGGAAUAAUCCCGCGACGCCGUUGACUAACAGACCAGCCAUUAAGAGUCGUGGAAGAAGGGAGAAAAGGAGAGAUGAAAUAAACAUUGCUUUGGCCAACUUGGCGGAAGCCUAUGUCAUGGUCUGCUUUGCUAUUGUCCUCAUUAUUGGAGUGUUGGACAGCAUAUCUCCCUAUCUACCCGUCUAAAUGAUUCUUGCGAUUACGUGAAAGAAACCGAACUGUUGGCGUACAUUUAAGCGAAGUCAGAAGACCGGAACAUCAACUUAUUGCCAGGUGUUUGUCGAAAGGCUAGCGACAGAAAUUUUGCACGAAUUACCAACAACAGGUCCUGAACAGGAUGUCUGCGAUCCUUGAGGAGACAAAAGGAUCAGCGGCAUCUGUCGACUUUUUCCAAUCUUUAUUGGCUGAAAAUGAACCCCCACCGCUCGAGGGUUUGCUGGAUAAGACUGCUCUUGUUGCCCCCAGCGAAAAGCAGUACAAUGCGCUUUGCAAGGACCUACAGAAAAGGCUCAAGCGAGGUCAUGGAGAAACCAUUUAUGAGGUUGGGAAGGGAGCCGCCGAAGGUGGACUUACACCCGAGGAACUGGGUGCGUCAGUAGCGACUCUUCGUUCAAUGGCCGACACUCAGGAGUGUGAUUGCGUUCAGCUUAGAAGCAAAAAAGAAGCCGCUGGACAGGUUGCAGAAUUCCUAGUCCGGCGCCGCCCUCAAAAUGACGACUUUCAGGAAGUCAGAGUUGCCGUCGUGGGAAACGUUGACGCCGGCAAGAGCACACUACUUGGAGUACUUACGCACGGCGAACUUGACAACGGUCGAGGAUUUGCAAGACAGAAAUUGUUCCGGCAUAAACACGAAAUGGAGUCUGGUCGAACGUCAUCGGUCGGUAACGAUAUUCUCGGAUUCGACUCACUCGGGAAUAUUGUCAAUAAACCCGAUGCUCAUGCUGGCCAACUCGACUGGAUGAAAAUCUGCGAGGAAUCGUCAAAGGUGGUCACAUUUAUCGAUCUUGCGGGGCACGAGCGGUACCUGAAAACCACUAUCUUCGGAAUGACUGGCCAUGCACCAGACUUCACUAUGCUCAUGGUGGGCGCCAACGCAGGUAUCGUUGGAAUGACAAAAGAGCACCUUGGACUAGCCCUGGCUCUAAACGUUCCUGUUUUCGUUGUAGUCACUAAAAUUGACAUGUGUCCUGCAAACGUGUUGCAAGAUACAAUGCGGCUGCUGGUAAAGAUUCUCAAGUCGCCUGGAUGCCGUAAGAUUCCCGUCGUUGUGCACUCCCCUGAUGACGUCGUCGUUUGUGCAACAAAUUUUGUCUCUGAACGUCUUUGCCCCAUUUUUAAGGUAUCUAACGUGACCGGUGAAAAUCUGCCACUACUGAAAACGUUCAUGAAUCUGUUAACGACACGGAUGCCUGGUCAUCUCGACGACGAACCUUGCGAAUUUCAGAUUGACGACACAUACAGUGUUCCGGGGGUAGGCACUGUUGUUAGCGGUACGACACUGAAAGGGGUAGUGCGAUUGAAUGAGACACUUUUGCUUGGCCCCGACCUACUCGGUCACUUUAACCCAGUUCAGAUUAAGUCGAUUCACCGCAAACGGAUGCCUGUGCAACAGGUUCACGCUGGCCAAACAGCGUCGUUCGCCUUAAAGAAGCAGGUUCGCCGUUCUGAUAUCCGAAAGGGAAUGGUGUUACUCUCCCAGAGUAUAGUUGAUCCUCAGUCGUGUUGGGAGUUCGAGGGAGAGAUUCUUGUUCUGCAUCAUCCCACAACGAUAUCGCCCAGAUAUCAGGCGAUGGUUCAUUGUGGAAGCAUUCGACAAACGGCCACCAUCGUCCAAAUGUCUACUGAAUGCCUACGAACAGGAGACAAAGCGCUUGUACAUUUCCGGUUUAUUAAAAAUCCAGAGUACGUUCGUCCCGGCAUGCGAAUGGUGUUUCGCGAGGGUCGAACGAAGGCCGUCGGUAAUGUGCUUCGCGUGUUGAUUAGCCCAGGGGGUCCAGGCACCGCUGGCAACAAGAAGCCUCAUCACCAUCCAGCGAAAACGCAACGAGGCCAUCAUCGGGGCCAGUCAAGAUCAGGCGGCCACGACACAGCGGCGGCGCAAGAUCAAAGCACCCGUCAACAACAGCAACAACAACCACAAAGCAUUAACAACAUCAGUACUGAUUCAAAGAUGACAGGCACGCUUCUAGAGACCUCUUAGGAGCCGCCAUCUAAAGCAAAAGAGGGACGAGGCGUCAGUGGAGGAAGCAGAAGGCAAGGGCGUACAGAGAAUGAAGGUGUGUGAAAGACAGAGGCAAAGAAGAACCGAACGAAAAGAAGACUAUAUAUAUAAACUGCCUGUCGCGCCUAUUGCAAUUAUCAAACAAAAAGUUGUUGAAGUUGCUCACCGACGGGCAACGUUUUAUGUUCUUGUCAAAUGUAGGGUUCACACUACUUUUUUCGUACACAUAUAUAUACAUAUAUAUAAAGAAAAAGAGUUUUCGUUGUUGACGGUCGGUGAACAACUUGAACGGCUUUUUGUUUAAUAGUUGCAGUAACCACGAUGGCAUCUCGUAGUUAAUAUAUGGUUACGUAAUAUAAUCUCAGCAAAAAACAGACCGUAUAUAGACAUCUAAAGGGUAAUAUUUACAGAGUUAGAGAGAAUUAUACACACACGUACGUGUACUUAGAGCUUCACCCUGAUGAGGGUAACAAUCCCCUGCAGCGGAUGAAAAUAUGUAAGUAAGUUUUCAUGGUUGUCAACAGCCAUAUUGUUACAUACUAUACUGUAUUCAUAAUCGAUUAGGACGAAUAGAGUACAGAUACGAUAAACAUUUGUAAUAUUUAUAUAGUUUUAUGUCAAAAAAGAGAUAGUCAGUUAUACACUGUACAGGUAGGAAACAUCGGAGAACUGUAAAAGAAGAGGUAAAAAAGCUGCUGAUGAAUGCAGUGGUUGAAUGAGGAAUACAUUUAAUAAGAAACUUAUAUCCACACAAGAGCUUACAC